AUGUACUCUGGAAAUAUGAGGGUAAUCGGGGGUCUUUCCAAUAGUUUCAUUCCGACAGCAUCAGUACAGUCCAAAACGGCAUCGGAUGUUUCUGGAGACUCCCAGGCAGCUUCUGGCUCCGGUACAAAUGGCUAUGCAAACCAGCCCGUAAGGGAGAAAAGGCUUUCAAAGCACAAGGAAGAGCUCCAACAUGAGUUUAAAAUCGACAAGGGAUUUUCUCUCCUACGAUACUUGGGAACAGGGGCAUAUGGAAUCGUAGCCGCAUUUAUUCACGAAAAAAGCGGUGAAAAGGUUGCCGUUAAAAAGAUCAAAAAAAUUUUCACCAACAUUUUAUUGGCCAAGCGUACAUUGAGGGAGCUUAAAAUACUCAAACACCUUUCGGGCCAUCCAAACAUCGUUUCACUGAAAGGAAUUCUGCUUCCAGUGUCGCCAUGCUUUGAAGAGAUCUACGUACUGCAGGACUUGAUGGAGGCGGAUCUUCAUCAAAUUAUCCGGUCAGGACAGCAAAUGACCGAUGCUCACUAUCAGUAUUUUCUGUAUCAGAUUUUAAAGGCGCUUUACUACAUGCACUCAUGUAAUGUUGUGCAUCGUGACUUGAAGCCUGGAAACAUUUUGGUCAAUUCCAAUUGCGACCUGAAGGUAGCACGCCACCCCAUGCGUUUAAUCAUCAGAUAUGUGAUUUUGGCUUGUCCCGCGGAUUGGUUGAUAAUAUUCGAGAGCCAAGAGACUCCUUGUUUUCUGAAUACGUUGCCACUAGGUGGUACCGAGCACCGGAGAUCAUGCUAUCACACGGCCAUUAUGACGAAGCAGGUAGCGUCUUUUGACAUUUGGGCGGCCGGUUGUAUUUUCGGAGAGCUAGUCAGUGGCCAGGUGCUGUUUCCAGGAAAGCAUGCCGUUGACCAGAUGACCUUGAUUUUGGAGGUUCUCGGCUCUCCCUCUGAAUAUUUCAUUUCGCGCUUGAAAAGCAAAAGAAGCCAGCAAUUCCUUCGAUCCCAGCCGCAUUGUACAAGAUCCUCCUUCAAAGCGCUGUUCCCCAAGCUAAGCCCCGGAGCAAUCGAUUUAUUGGACAAAAUGCUUUGUAUUGAUCCUCUCGAUCGAAUAUCCGUCAAGGAGGCCCUUCAUCACCCCUAUCUUUCGGGCUAUUUCAAGCAGCGAGAUUUGGUAGCCAUUUUCUCGCGCUAA